AUGCGCCGCUUGCCCCAUCACCCUUAUUCAGAGGAUAAAGGUGAGGUAGAGCAGAAUUCCUUCAGUUCUCGCAUAUAUUCUUAUAACGAAUAUGGCGAUCCAUUUGACUACAGUAAGCAAAUAUUGGCCUUCGAAACACCACACUUAAAUGAAGAAAUCGAGGGCGUGCAGUUGUACCAAGAAAAUUAUACUAAAGAAAAGAUCAAGACACUUACCGUUGCAUUAGUUAUUUGUCUGAACAUUGAUAUUGAAUCUCCUGAUGUCCAGAGAAUUCCUCCUUAUUGUCGUGUUCAGGCGUGGUUUGAUCCUAGUGAGACGAGCAGUCUAAGGGCACUUGAAACUAUUGGGAAAAAUCUCCAGCUCAUGAAUUUUAUUACUUAA